UUCUGUCUUUGCUUCCCCUGUUUGUUUAGAAUUCAAUUUAUAUACACUUAAUUUACGCACUGUACUAUCAUAAAAAAAGGAGUAGACUCUGUCCUUCAAAUGAAUUACUCUUUGGUCGCGACCACGAGUGAUACUAUACGCGUCUGGGACUUUGGCAUAUCUGAGCUCAAGCAGCAGCCAGCUGGCUCAUCCUACCUCCAUGGACGUCGAAAAACCACCGAGCUGUCUGCCGACAUAGGAUCGAGCAAACAAGGCGACCGAGCUUCUGUAUUGAUGAAAGCGACGCAUACUGCUAAUGAGACUUCUGGGAUUAUAGACGGCAUAUCGUGUGUUUCGUGGGCAGCCAGCGGCAGCUCGUUUGUUGUUGGCGGCAAAGGAAACGUCAUUCGCCAAUAUAGCAAGGAAGGGGAGUCGCUCCAGGACAUAAACCUUGGCGACAAAGGAGGGCGCGCCAGCACAAUGGAUAUUGUGGCGGUCCAACACUACGGCCCCACUCAAAGUCGCUAUUUGUCGCUAACAACACCACUAGGCAAGUGCGACACUGGGACUUUGUCAAAAACGACUACGGCAGCGAGUGUCUGAAGCAUACGAGCGAUAUCUCCUGCAUGGCUGUCAACACAAAGAGAAAGCUGG